UUCUUUUGUCUUUUUUUUUUUUCUAUAUCUUUUUACCCCUUUUUUAUAUAUAUAUAUAUUCUUAUUAUCCCUUUAUUGUAUAGCUAUUUCCCUCAGGAAACCCCCUUGCAUUUUUUAGCUCUGAAUAUAUAUAUCUUAUGUAUAUAAAAACUUAACGUAACAAAGCGACAUCACAUCUUCUUUUCCUUUUUCUUUUUCUUAAAAAAAAAAAGAAAUGACUGAAAACGGAAUCCUAUUUUACACCACCUAUGAACAUGAAAACAUCAUACUUGUACCAUCGAUAUCAGAAACGAUAUUAAAUAAACCACAGCCACCUACACCCAUCCAAUCCCUUGAUGACGAUUUAUUUUAUAGACUUCAAAAAGAAAAUGCUCGUUUACCGCCCCAAGAUUCCACAGCAUUUAUAUUAGCACAAAUCGAACGGCAAAAUGUGCUGUUAGAGAAAGACCCUAAAUCAAUUUAUAUUCAAUCAAAUGAAUUAAAAGCUCACUUUUCAACAGUGCAGCGGCUGGUCAGGGACAAUAUUGAUGAUGAUGAGGAUGAAGAAGAAAUCGAUUGGGGGUUUUGGGAAGCUGUCAUUCAAGACUCCGAUCAAGUGGCGCUCAAGCUACCCCACUUACUCUCGCUGAAGCUGAGGUCAGGCAUCCCCACGCGUGUCAGAGGCCUGAUGUGGCAAGCCAUGUCAAAAUCAGCUUCGUUGCAUCUGGAAAAGGUAUAUGAACAAUUAUGUAAAGAGAAAUCCCCCCAUGAAAGAAUCAUACAGCGAGAUCUAGCAAGAACCUUUCCACGCAUAGACAUGUUUAAGCAAGAAAAUGGUCAAGGCCAGAGUUCCAUGAAACGCAUUUUGGAAUCCUAUAGUUUGUAUGAUGCAGAAGUGGGGUACUGUCAAGGUCUGGCUUUUUUAGUGGGUCCGCUUUUAAUGAAUAUGCCAGAAGCUCAAUCGUUUUGUGUAUUUGUCAGACUAAUGGAAACAUAUGAAAUGAGGUCCAUGUUUACUUUAAACAUGGAAGGUCUACAACUUCGACUCUAUCAAUUUUCCAGCCUAUUGAACGAAAUUCUACCCGAACUAGCGCAACAUGUAUCUAAUUUUGGAGUUCAUGCCGCCAUGUAUGCUUCACAAUGGUUUCUGACCCUCUUUGCCUAUGUUUUCCCCAUCAACUUGGUGACCCGAAUUUAUGAUAUUAUAUUUGCAGAGGGAGCAGCUGAAACCAUCAUGCGGGUAGCGAUCGCCAUGUUAAAGCGAUCGCAGAGCACGAUUCUUGAGUUUCAUGAAUUUGAAGAUAUACUUGAUUUUGUCACGACCAAGAAGUUAUGUGCACCGUAUGAAGAGAAUUAUACCAAUGUAGUACGGGAUGCGAUGGCACUUUCGGAUAUGAUCAGUCGGGACAAGAUGGAUGCACUUGCAAUUGAGUAUGAACAUCACUCGACGCACAAGAUGCUGGAACACCCGUUGGAAACAGGACGGUUUGGAUUUUGGAAGCGAAAGGGCAACAGUAAUAAGAAGCCUGAUAUGAGAAGAUCUGCAAGUAGUCAGGAUAGUAACAUCACGGCAAUUGCAGCGCCACCCGUGAUGCUAAAGAAACGUUGGUCGUCUGUGUCCUCUCGCAAAGAUUGGUCUUACCGCACGACGACAACGACGCAUAUUAGUAGCGAGGAGGAGAAUGCUGCUAAAAUGCAGGAUUUGAAGUUACAGCAUCAAAAGACCUUGAAUGAAUUAUUGGAAAUGAAGUAUGAUAAGCAAGACUUGGAAUGUGAACGAGAUGCACUCAAACUCACGAUUCUUGAAUUGGAACGGUGUCAUCUCUAUAAGAGAAGCAACAUGACCACCGACAGCAAUCAAACAUCGUUGGAAGCAUCUGCCCGACUAUUUGAUUGUGAUAAUUCAGCUGACUUGGAAGGCACAAGGUCCUUUAGUGAUUUGGCGGUAGCAAGUAAAGAAGAAGAGAAUAUCAACAUCAUCAGUCGCCAAAACUCUAUCCAUCAUUCCAUGCUCAGUAGUAGUAGUCAAAGUUAUACAACGACCGAAUUUGACGACGAUGAUCAAAUCUCUUUAUCAUUGACAACAACCACAGUUCCUAUCUUUAGUGAUGAAGACGAACUUUCUUCUCAGAUUGUGCAUUUAAAGGUUAAAAAUUUCGAGCUGGAGCAACACGUGGAAAAAUUAAAUGGUGAUGUAGAAGCAAUCACCUCCAAGUUUGAUAUGGUGAAUGAAGGCCACAUGGGUCUAGUUGAACAGCUUGUCUGUUUAAAGUCUGAAAUGGAGGAAUGUGCCCUAGAGGCGGGGAAAAAGGAGGAGACACUAAAAAAGAUAACGGAUGAAAACGAGCAAUUAAAAGAAGAGCUUGAGAUGAUGAAAAAAUCACUGACUUAUUGUCGCAUCGAAAACGGAGUUUUAAAUCAAGAUUUAGAAAUGCUGAAGCAAGGCAUGUUUUUUAAACCAUCUGUGGUGAAUGGAGGUGAAUCAAUGGGCGGUGGUCGUCAUCGCAUCCGUCGUCAUAGUACAGCGUCGUCUUCUAUGCUGACACUGCUCCGAGAUCAGCGCAUGCAUCAAUUAGAGCAAUCUUUGACAGCUGCAAACAUUAAAAUGGCAGAACAUGAGUUCUCUAAACAACAAGAAGAAUUUGGUAAAAAGAAGUCCUCCAUUUAUGGGCGUGUUCUACAUGCUAUCAAAUACAGUAGCUGAUAAAAUACUUAAUUAUGCUUACGAUAUAAAAAAAAAAAAAAAUCAAUUUCUAUACGUGUGUAUGUUACACGAAUGGGGAAACAUAUUUUACCUUUUAGUUUCGCA